UGGGGCGCGCGACAGCCGCGCUGUGCGCGACUCGCACGUCCGCGGACAGCUGCGCCGCGCCCGCCGCCAGCCGCAGCAGCGCCGCCGCCGCCCGCCACGGCCAGCCCGCAGCCGCCGCGCGCCCCGCACGCCGCCCGAGCGGCCGAGAGCCUCCGCUGGCUCUCUGUGUUCCAGCGACCUCGCGCUCUCCGCCUGUAGGAACGCGGCGCCGUCCUCGGUCAUCAACCCACGAAGCAUAUUAUUCGAUCGACGGCGGCGGCGCCAUGCGGCGGCAGUAGAGACAGCGAGGUCGCCGGCGGCCGCGGCCGAUGGCGGCCAGCAGCGCGCCCGUGCGCCAGCUGCGCCGCGGGCCCGCUCCGAUCGCCUCGUUCGAUCACGACGUCUCUGACGAGGUGAGACCGCCAUCCAGUCCAGAGACGAAGCAAACAUUUCGACUUCCGGAGAUUCGCGAGGAUCCCGCUAACGCAGCCCGCGGCGCGAGCUCGGCGCUAGCGCCUCCCGAGCAGCGCGCGCGCUCUCUGUCGACGCCGGCCGUGAGCUCGGGCCUGCAGACGCCGGCCGCGCCGCGCAUCGACAUCUCGCGCGCUUCCAGCUCCAGCCACCACGACUCGCGCGACAGCUCGCCGGAGCUGGCGCUGUUCGCUGGCACUGGCAGCGAGGACACGCGUGGCCGCCUCGAACUAGGCUUUCGUGAGGACGGCGCGCUAGAGCUGCGCUCGUCCACCGAAGAGCUGGCUUUCCUAGAAGGCGCGCCUGGCGAGCCUCGCCCCGCCGCGCCACCGCAGCCCAACUCGCGUCGCCACUCACGCAAAGACAGUCAAGGAUCGGAAGCAGCACUUCUGGCCGUGUCUGGUCGCACUAGUCGGCUUUCUAGUGUUGGGUCGCAGUGUUCGGCGCACUCUGCACUCUCGGCUUUUAGUCAUCAAAGUCGACAUUCGGUAGGCCGACUCUCGGUUGUUUCGGGAGUCUCGCGAUCUCCAUCACCACACAGGAUGUUACUGGAAACUUCGUUUUGUGGACCAAAACCUAUUGAGACCGAUCCAGAGAUCUGCGCAGCUGCCGUAGAGGAGCGUUUGUUGGAGAUUGCAAAGAUGACCGCGGCUUCACCACCAGGCGUAGUGCCACACGUAAUUGACGCUCGAGAUCGACGCGAAGUACGCACUGAAGCUACAGUGGAGCGUCCCGUCGCCCGCGCUCCGCCACCCUCCCCGCUGCCUGUACCCCCGCCGGCGGCCAGCCAGUCGACUGCAGAUUCAACACCAAUAGCAACAGUAGUGCCUGUCACGGCAAUAAUUACACCGGUUACAAGUUCCGCUGUAGUGACUACUCCUGCACCUACUUUAACUUCUGCACCAGAUGAUGAUAAACUUCAAAAAGAAUCCCAAAAUCGUGCGAAAGCCCAAGAAAGACGCGCACGACCUCGUGUGCGGCGUGAACCGUCUGAACCAGAAGUUUAUAAGAGCGCAAAUCGUUCAAAAAAUAUCAUUCGAAUUAAACUGAAACCUGACGACGACUACGAGGAAGAAGAUGAUGAUGCAGCACCAGUAGCGGCGGCAAUCGAAGCGGAGAUAAACGUAGAAGUAGCACAAAAGCCUGCCAGCCUAGAACUGGCGACGCGUGGCGAGCGCGCGGUGCGGCCCACGGAGCUGGUGGGGCGCGGCGAGCAGCCGGCGCCCGCGUCCCCCACGCCGGGCUCCCGCCGGCUACCGCGCGACAGCCGCACUCCCUCCCCUGCUGGAGCUGCUGUCUCGCGAAAGUCUUCCUUUUGCUCAUUGUUCAAAUCUCGUGAAACAAUCGCUUCACCCGAUUCACCAUCAGAUGCACUUCGUCGCAAAAGGAGUCUAACAGAAGGUCGUUCCCGUAGUAAAAGCCGCGAUCGUUCUGCGACACCCACUUCUGCCGGAAAGAUAAGAGGAUCAGUAUUAUCGCUAUUUCGCACACCAAGGAAGAGUGCCGCGUCUCCUUCACCGAGCUCACGCGAAGGUUCUCCUAUAGUUCAGCCACAAAAACAGAUUACAACAGUUACGCCACAAAUUACUGAGCGUGUUCGGCAAGGUGAUAAACUUAAGUAUUACGAGGAUACAAAAGAUGGAAUCAUACACAUUCCGUUACGGACGCCACCUGAUGAACGGCCUGGUUCGAGUGGAGCACGUCGUGACACAGAGUGCAAUAAGACCACCGCUGAGGUUGUAACGCACCGGGAGCCACCUCGACCGGCUUCCGCUCCACAGUCUAGGCCCGUUACAGACUGCGAGUUUACACCGCAAAUUUCUCACAAACCCACACAACGGACCGUUCUUCCUGAUGGCAGCAUUAUAAUACCUUUACGAUCACCUACGGAGCGAACUCCAAACGAAAAUCUACCAAGUCCACCUGUCGUAGAUACAACAUCAACGGAAACGACUCGCUCCGUUAGGGAGGAAACACAAUCCGUUGUGCCAGUCGACGUCCCAGCUCCAACUACUCCUGCACAACCUCGGCACUGUGAAGACAGCGUGCCAAUGCCUAUCGCCGAAGUCGAAAAAUUAGAAACCGCAUCGAAUACUGAAGACGGACGAAAACGACGCAAAGAGCGGUUCGUGUUUACGACCCAUGUCGGCAGCCGAGAGCAAGUCUUUAGUACACAAUUCAGCAUAACGAAAACUCCCAGCGUGACAAGUGAGAUAUCAGGCUCCUUUCCAAGUUUUGUCGAUAGUGAAGAGAUGCGGACGACAACAUUGCGCGAUAUCGCAACGACGGCCGAGAGCAGCCCGGCCGAGAAGGAAGCGCGACAUUCGGGCAACACCUCGGGGGUCGGUACUGCAGCGGCGCCCAGUCCGGCUUCGCCACAAGAGCCAGUACGAGAUUCUUCCGAAUCCGAGCCCAGCUCGGAGUCUGCGCCGCCUCCCGUGGGUGACGAGGUGGAAAAGCGUGGGCUCGUGGUGCAGCAAUCGUUCGAAGAGGAGCUGCCCUACGUGCCCACCACGCUGCCGCAGGAGCGCUCCGUGGCACUGCCCAUGGUACCGGUGCGGGAGCGCGGCGGCGUGCUAGUGUCGGGCGUGUCGCGGCCGCGCGCGGCGGGCCCCGGCGGGCCGGCCGGGCCGCGCGCGCCGGCCGCAGCGGGUGCCACCAGCGGCCCGCGCGUGCCGCGGCCGGCCCCGCUGCCGGCGCCGCCGGCGGCCGCGCAGGACAAGCUCCGCAUCCGGCUGCCGCGCCGCGCCGGCUCGUCCGCGCCCCCGGCUCGCCCAGACCGUCCCACUCGCUCGCGUACCCGUAGCGGGAGUGACAGUUACGACUCGCGUCCAAAAACUGAGUGGAUAGACUUCGAGGAAGUGCCGGAGCGACGAAAACAACCCAAACGUAUACAGACGCUGCCGGCGGCGGCGGCGGCGGAGGGCGGCGAGGGCGCGGCGGAGGGCGCGGGCGUGGUGUUCAGCUACGUGGAGCCCGAGCACUGCCGCUGCGAGUGCCACGCGGCCGGCGCGCGCGACGACGACCAGCUGCCGCUGCUGCACGACGACCUGCAGCCGCUGCGCGCCAGUUCGUCGUCGUUGGAGUGCGGCGACGAGGAAGCGCACGUGCAGCUGCGAGUGCAGAUUGCGCCCUUCACCGCCGACCUCGACCUGCAUCCCGAGCCGCGGACCGACGGGGAGGCGCGGCCCCUGUGACGUCACCACGCGAGCGCCGGAGACGCCGGCGCCGAUGCCGCCCCGCCGCGCCAGGCGCCGCAGCAUACUCUACAACUAUAAAGUUAUGAAGAUUAUAUCUUACCGGCAGCGGCAAGAGAUAUUAUCAUUUUUGAGAUGUAAAUUUACCCAGUUCAUUAGGUAUGUAAUGUAAUGAUGUAUAUUUUAGGGUCGUUUAUAAAUCUCCUAUUAGCCACCGUUGAUCUUUGCAUUUUUUGAUGUUUAUUGAAUUGUUUGACCGAAGUGUAUAUUGUAAUUUAAAUAAUACGUUAUGUAUGAAAUAGUUUGAUAUGAAUGAGAGAUGUGUAAAGAUGACGUACGAGUAUGUAUGAAGUAAACAUUUAUUCGACACAGGUUCGUGUCCGCACAACUGCCUUAUCCGCAUCGGUACAUUAUGUACCUAGGUAACUACUAGGUGCUGAGAGUACCGCAGUAAGCCAAGCGUCGCCUGCAGAUCGAAACUGAUAGUGAUUGUUACUCGCUACUCGCUACAAACUAUUAAAUUGCCUAUUGGUCGAAAUAAAAUGAAGUUAUUUUGACAUUAUUCUAUGGAGUUUCUGCCAAAAACCAAGGUAUUUUGGAUUCAGCUCGACCUAUAGGUUCCUUCACUACACAUAUACUCACGCUCGCGUCACACGUGCUUGUUAAACGUACUGAAUAUAAUAUGUUUUUUUUUGUCAAUUGCCUAUAAAUCUGUACUCAUACUUACAUAGAUCAUACUGUGUAUAGAUAGGUGCAAGGGGUAUCUGCCGGCGAGUUAACACUCUCGUACUGAUUAUUAGAUUAUGGGGAAUACGUAGGAUCUUGUCACGGGAGACGCGAGCUACUGAACCUGAUUUCAGGAAUUCCUUCCGUUAAUUAAUUUAGUAUGUCUCACGAUCGAAAUCACACAAAUAUAGCUCGAUGGGUUCGGUUUGAUGUUACUUACACGCAGCAUCAUUGAAUUCUUCUUGUUCCAGCAUAAUUUGUGUCACUUUCGUCACUACUUAUUUUUAAUCAUCGCAAUCUUCUUCAGUAGCCCCAAACACCAAUUAGGCACUGCAACUAUUGCAAGCUGCAACAUCGACGUACACACGGUUGUAUUAUGGUUCAGUGGUCAGUAGGUGCUGUGGGUGCUCACAUGUGGGUUAUCGAAGUGAUAAGUACUGUUUAUUGUAUUGUAACACAACUGACUAGACUAGCUGACACCCAAAUCAGUGUAUUGGCGUCGCUUUGAUCGGUUUCUGAUUUUCAUAAUAAAAUCUAUAUUUAGAAUUUGAUUUAUAAUUAUUAGGUACCUAUAUUUUGUUUUAAGUACCAAGCAGAGAGUACCUGCCUAGAAGGACAUAUCUAAGGGUGUCUAACACAACGAUCUAAGCUUCCUCUCCCAUACGAUAUCACUGAGUUACCGAUGCAUUGCAGCUUUAGACGUGCAUAAAGAGGAAAGGUGCUGGAAGUUCGUAUGCCCAUAGACUCACAGGUUAAUACAGACAGUCGUUUUGUUUAUAAGUAUUUAAAUACACCUAUCGACAUUAAACUCAUAAGAUGCAAUCUAGUGACUAGUGAGCGAGCUGUUCUUGUAUAAGUUGCACGGUAGCGAUGUAAGAAGUGGACCAAAACGCAAAUUGUGACGUGUAAUGAGGGGCAGGCACAGCCGUGCAGCGGGCGUCGGGCGCAGGCGUCUAUUGUGUAACGUACUUACUAUGGAUAUAAUUCAUUGCCUGUGGUGAACGUUCUCUUUUACUAUUUUAUCACUAUGUAGGUACUCGUCCGAAUUAAUUAAGUAUUUUGGAAGCUUUUUGAAUCAUGGCAAGAUAUGUCAGUAAUUCUGUGUGCAUGUUAUUCAUUAAACAAUACGUUGAAGGAGGUGAGGGUUGCAUUAAAAUAUUCCGUAAAAUAUAAGUGAUCUCUGUCAGUAUAAUCACGCCCGUGAAGGUCCGGAUGGAGUAGUACAAAUUCACUGUAUCUAAACUAAACAUUCAGUAAUAAUAACAAGCACUGUACAAUGUAAUACUUCACAAGCAUGUCCACCUUGUAGUGCUUAGUGUAAAUAUUCCUUCCGACAACUUAGUAUGUGAGAAAAUACGCCGAUUUUGGCUCAAUGUCCGAGAUAAGUCAGUAUUGUACCUAAAUUGAACCAAAGUAUUGUUACAUAAGCAUCCAUAAAAUUAGAAAUAUUAAUAAUUAGUUCGACUUGUCACACAGAGAUCACCUAUAUUUUACGCAAGCACCGCGCGCAGAUUAAACUUAGAGAGCUGCGUGGCAACCAGCACCUCAUGGGAGCUCCUAGUUUUAAAGUUUGAGGGCGCUGUGGGACAGGCAGCUCAUGGGUGCCCCUAAUUUUUUUAGCACCGCCACCACUCUAUGGGCAGUAGGGCACGCGUGUCUCGCGGCGCCCCACGUACUUGCCUAGUAUGCCAUAGCGAUAACACGGCUCUGAGCUCAGGUAUAAAAACCGUCAAUAAUAAAAUUGUUGUCUCCCUAUUUUAUGCUUUUACGGUUAUCUUAAUUACCUAUAUUGUGUAAAUUGUAUUUUGAUAUUUUCUCUCAUAGAAAUGUUACCUAUAAAAUCUAUAAAUAUUUGGCUCGGCUUGAUGCAAUCAUUUCUAUUCAAUAGGUAUUCUGUGAGCUUCAUUCGUUUGUACUACAUACUUAAAUCACUAUAAAGCUGUUAAUUCAAUAGAAUUUGUGGUCUCAUGCAGUGACUGUUGUGUUCAGUAAGACAAAGUGGAAAGAGCGCGGCCACGACCAUAUGCUGUUGAUACUGAUAACGUGACAAUAUGUUUACAUUGUCUGCACAUUCUAUUGAACCGAAGCCGGACGAUACGUCUGCAACGUGUAGCGACACCACUGUACCUAAUGUUGUUAGUUCAUUUUGUUAAAGCAAUUUAAGAUGUGUAUGUAAUAAUGUUAAAGAAAAUUUAUCAGUUAGGCAAAAGUCUGAGAAGUAAAAAAUAUGAAUUUUGCUUUCCA